AUGAGACCCAAAGUUGUUCAUGGCUUCCACGUACACAGAGACCCACUAAAGAUUGGUGAAUUCAGCUGUACAGCAGCUGGACCUCACUUCAAUCCUUACAAUACAACACAUGGUCCUAUUACUGCAAAUAUUAAGAAUCGACAUGUUGGAGAUCUUGGUAAUGUGAUUAGUGAUCAUGCUGGCAAGAUUAACAUCAACAUAAAAGAUUCGAUUAUAAAAUUAUACAAUGGGAAACAAUCUAUUGUUAAUCGAUGCAUUGUUCUACAUGCAAUGCGAGAUGAUGGUGGUAAGGGUGGUUUACCAGACAGUACAACUACUGGAAAUUCGGGUGCUCGAAUUGCUUGUGGUAAUAUCGUGCUGACAAAGAAAAGGUCAAGACACUAAGUACCUACAACUAUCAAGUGAUUUUUUUUCAUUGAACUCUUUUUAGCGUAUAUAUUUUAUCUCAUUAUUUUAUAUAUCUUGAAAAUAGCUGUAGUACGUAUUUUUAGUGUAUUAUCUCUAUAAACAUAUAUUAAAUAAAUAAAUUACAUAUUUCGAAAGAUAAAUUUUCUUUUAAAGUAUUCAUCACUAUAGAAGUACUUUUUUAAAAAGGUAAUUACACAUUCUGAUAGUGUAUAAAACAUCUUAUAAACAAUCAACACUUCUUUGUCUAAAAAGUGGUUCUGAACACAAAAUCUCUAAGAAAAUAAUAACUCUUCGAAAUUCAGUUCAUUAUAUAAUCACGAAAUACAAAAGAAAAGAAAACAUUUCGAAAGCAUUAUUGGCUCAGCUUGAGAAUUGAAGACGCCGAUGAACCUUGAUCGAGUUUUACUAUGAAAAAUACAAGUGACUCAGUAAAAAUUAGCAUCACUCGUCAAAGCUGAGAUUGAAACUGGAUUGGAUUUAAUGGUUUCUGAAUAGAUUGUACGUCGAUAAUAUCAUGAAACUGAUUUGAAGGCUUAUGCUGGUCAAAGAAACUGUACAUUGAUAAGACCAAUCAUGAAAACCUUCUGAGUAUGCUAAGAUGAGUGUGGAUGCAGAAAUAAGUGUUGUACCAGUCGACACUCAAACUCACAAAAAAUGAAAGACUCUUUUUUGGCUGUGUGAACUUAGAUCUAGAUGAAAGCACGGAUGCCCAUUGCAGGUAAAGACAAGAGUCACAUAUAUAGCCGGCAUGUUGUCUUAUGUUUGGUAAAAUUUUAUAUGGAUGAAUGUUAUGAAUUUCUGAUUAAGCUGGGUGGUUGAACGAAUUGCAGUAGCCCGUCUAUGCUUUUCACUCACUUAGUUGUCAUACCAAAUUCUUCCUCUUCUUCUUUUCUUUUUCUCAACACAUAAAUCAAUAUGACACUCAACUAAUUGUUGUCAGUUCUUGAAUAUCGUUUUCGGUCGGAAAAUAGUUUGGCAAUGUUCUGAGAAAAUGAUGAAUUCGGAAUGUAUGAAAAUGUUGAAAAUGAUAACUAGGAGUGAUGACAUAUAUCUAACAUGUUAAAUGCAUAUGUACAUACCUUAAUGUUCAUGCUUUGACGAUUAAAUUCAUCCAUGAAGCAGUCUCAAACGUUAAGAAAAUGUCUCCAUCGUUUAUACAGAUGAGACACGAGUUUUAUGUUCAAAAACGGUAGAUAUCAUUCAGAAUUAGAUUUAGAUAUUUUUCGCAUUCUGUAUUUGGCUAACUCUUCUAAAUAAGUAUGAACUCUUUUUUAAUUCAAGAUUUUUUUCGGUGUUUUCGAAGUGAUGCUUUUUGUUUGUUCGCUAUUUUUCUUUUCUUGCUACUCUCAUCAUACAAAAAAAAAUGAACGUAUUUAGUUUAUUUUCGUCAUAGAGUCAGGUCAAUUUGCUGAUUCUUGGUCAGAACUUGAUCAAUUAUCUUUUGAUUGAUCAUAUUACUUUGGAGUUGUUUUCGCUGUUUGUUUGAUACUCAAAGCUUCGCGAUCUCGCUUAUCAAUUGUAUAGUUUCCUUCUCUACUUCCACCAUUUUUGAAUGUGUAUAUACUUUUUCCGUGCCUGUUACCAUUUUCAAACAUGCCUUUAUACUUGUCGACGUUGCUAUACAUUAAUAUGCCUUUUCCAUGUUUAUUAUCAUUCUUAAAGGGACCUAAAAAUGAGAGCAACGUCAAAAUUAAAUCGAGAAAAUUUACUCAACACUUCUCUACAGGCACUUUAAACAUAGCAAAAAUGAUCGAGUACUAUUGAGAUAGAUAAUGUGUUGUUGAACCAGAUCUCCUACUUGUCAUCCUUAAACUGUAAGAUUUCUUUCGUACCAUCGAGUAACGAUGAAAUCCAUACAUGUGUAAUAUAGCACAUUGCAUUUUACUCUUGUUUCAGAGCAUUUUGAAUUAGAAGGCCAGUUAUUUAACUUGAAACAUUUAUGAAUUUUGAAAAACUACUCAAUCUCUAAAGAGCAAAGAAUAAAAGCUCGUAUGAUAUCAAACUAGUAAUACUAGCCACACAAAUUUCAUCCCACUUUUUAUACUUUUCUAAUACCACUUUCACCAGAUAAGUAUUACAAAAAGUGUUUCACAGCUUUUUACUACGAAGACUACAAUCAUUUGGAGAAAGUUUGCAGAAAAGAAGUUUGAAUCGACUGUAUAAUGAUUGUGAAAGAACCACCGCAUAGGAGAAUGAUAAUGAAUCGAAUAACGAAUUAAAAUUAAACUGGUAAAGAGCUUACUUUAAACAAAAGUGUACCUGUUUACAACAAAUAGACAAUGUCGUAAGAGCUGCUUAUCUGUAACUUUUGAUCUCAGAUGACUUUUACGUACACUUUGAGAAGUCAAAAUGAGCAUUGUACUUACCAACAUAUUGUGUACCAUUCUUAUAAGUUGCUUGAGCAGAUACCAUUUUAUUUUUUUUCCAAUCACCACUGUAUAUAUCACCAUUGGUAAACUUCAUGACACGUUUACCGUGUUUUUCAUUAUUCUUCCACUCAUCUUUAUAUUCAGCUGAUGACUGAUUAUAAUACGUGUAUAUACUCUUUCCAUGAACCUUUGUAAAUAUCACCGUUACAGUAAUAAUGUGUGAGCAUUGUUCCGAUAUCGUAUGAAACCUAUCUACGAACCCUAGGCUGUGAUGUUUACCUGCAUCAAUCUCGGAAAAAAAAGAUUCAACUUUUGAAUCAGCUUAGAGACAAUAAUGCAGUCACAUUAUAAAAGCAUAGACUUCAUUCAUCCCAUAGUCAAUUUUAUAGCUUGGAGAUGUCUAAGUUGAUUUUACAUGCAAUUCAUCAUAGAGUAAGCUGAACAUCGUCGAAGCAAUCAAAUAGGAUGAUGAUGCUGCAUAGUAUUUAAAUAAACCCUUGCCUUCACCAUCUUUUUGAUCAUUUUUUCAUUGACCAAUAUAACGAUCUUGUUGGAUCUGUCCAUCUUCAUCGUGAUGUAUGUAUGUACCUGUGUCAUUUGAUACUUUAGGCCUGUUUAUUUCUUCUAUGUAAACAUCUCCGUUCUCAUAAUUGAUUGCAUGGUUGGCUCCUCUCUUUGCCACUCUGAUUUUAGUAUGCGUACUUGAUUGAGUCUCUUAUAGUUAUUGCGUACGCUAAAGAUGAAUCUAAAACAAUAUCGUUUUCAAUAGAAGACAAAUAUUGUGAAUGAAAGCAGUGAGGACUUCCUUUUGUGGAAAUAAUAUGAAGGGCCUACAUGACAAAGUUACGUUUCAUCAUAACAAUCACUUAUGCGUGUGAUGUAAAGCUUGGAAAAAAUCAAAGAAAAAACAUACGGAAAUAAAAAGAAAAAAAAUCGUAAAAACGAAGACAAAAAUUGCAUAAAUGAGCAAGUUCAAACUGAUUCUAUUAACGUUGUUUUACUUAUGUCACGUAAUACGAUCUGUUCUGUUUAAUUUCUUCUGAUCUAAAAAUUUAAUUUCCAUUACUAUCAAAUAAAUGUCAAGCACCCAUUGAUAGAGAAAGCUUAUAAGUAACUUCGGCUAAAAUCUGUAUCGAAUAAACAAAAGAUAUUGAAAAUAAAAUGUUUGUAUGUGAAUUUAAGAAAAGUAAUGUCUUACCGUAUUCAUCGAGCAUAAUUUACAAUAUACGCAUCGAGAAAGAUCAUUGUUUGUGUAAACUCGAACAUAAAAAUUCCUUGUAGGAUAAUAGCUUCGAUCAACGGGAACAUGACGCUGAAUUGAAUUGUCAAACAGAAUAAAGAUGCAAUAUUUAAAGUCGCAUUGUGAAUCAAGUUCUUGUUCUUAUGAAGUAUUAGGUGUUUGUAUUGACUAAUUUCGUUUCUUUCAAAGAACUAUAGAUACCCUGUGCAGCAUCUGUUGUCCGAUGUUUUUCAUAUACCCUUUAAUCAAGAACGAUUUUUAUCCUUAUGAUAUGACAAUUGAAGUCACCGGAAAUGUUUCGACUAAUUAAGGGGGGCCCCCCCCCCCCCCCUUCAGAAAAUCCAAUUUUUCGAAGACGGGUCGAAAUUGAAGUUUUAUCAUAGGAAGAUGUACCGAAGUCUCCUCUUCUAGAAUAUCUAUGGUUUACCAAAAAUUGAAUCGAUUUUGACGAACUUAUCGUCUAAAACUUGGCUUCUACUACCAUAUUUUUCGAGAAAUUUUCAUGGUGUUUUUUCAAGGUUUUUUGACUUUUUAGGCUCCUUUCUCUUUGCAUCGGCAUUUCGUAAAGUUUUUUUUAUACUAAUCACUACGAAACUAUUAAAACUUAAUAUUAAGAUGACAUAUUUAUAGCCUGUCUUGAACACUGAUAUAUAAAUCAGGCGAUUUUCGAAAAAAUCAAUUUCUAAUACUUAUUUUUCGUUUUUCUCAAAAUCAAUUUUUUCGAGUAUACCGUUUACGCGUUCAAGGAUUUUUUAAUAACAACUCAAUAGAUAAGGGAUAAUUUUUUUUUGUUGAAUAGAGGACAGUUACGGCUAGAUCGUAAUAGAGCCCGAUUUUUGAAUUUCUCUUUUGGUGAAAUAAAAAACUUAGUUAUUUCAUCUUUGUAAGCAAUUUUUUUGGGCAUAAUUUCGUGAAUUUUACGAAAAAGGUUUUUUAAAAAUCAAACAAAGGGAAAUUCAAAAAUCGGGCUCUAUUAUGACCUAGCCCUAAUGGCACUCUAUAAUCUGAAAAUCGCCUCGACAUGUUAGCUUGCAUCCUUAUUGCGAAAUCCUUGAACGCGUAAAGGGUAAUGAAUUGACUGGAACUUGUGCAUUUCUUUGAGAUUUGGGGGAGAUAUUUUGACCAUAAGCUAUUCUAGUCAAGACUAACAUUCUCUGAAAUUUUGGUUGAAAUUGGAUGAAAAAUGACCAAGUUCGUUUCUGAGGGGGACCCCCUUAAACUCUUGUUGAGAUAUUUGAUUUUUUUACGGCGUCUUGUGACAUAACGCUGUGAUCCCCCUCAGGUCGACUUGAAGAAUCAACUUUCGAAUUUCGACUUGCAACUUUGCAUAGAGAGAGGUCUCAAUAAAACUAGUUAAUUCUGAAAGUUUCAAAUUUCUUGGUUGCUCCUAUCCUUAAAUAUAAACACUUAACAUUUUGUGCUAUAAUGAUGUGAAAACGAGUAUUUUUUCUUGUAGUUGUAUCUCGGGAUAGAAGGAACCUAAAGAUCUCAAACUUUCAGAAUAAACCAGUCUCAUCAAGACCUUUCUCUGUGCAAAGUUUCAAGUCGAAAUUCGAGAACUGAUUCUUCAAGUGAACCUGAGGGGGACCACGGCUUUUUGCUAAAAAAUGUGAUAAAAAUUAAAUAUCUCGACAGAAAUAAGCUAUAAGCAAGAACUCUUUUCAGUACGUUCAAAGCUCAUUAAGGCCCACAUAAUGCACAUAGUCUCGAUUCAAAAGCGAUUUGGCUACUGAAAAUUGCUCCUGACUCCCUUUUUCUGUCCUCUGUGCCCCCCCCCCUCCCACACUCACACCCUUUCUAUAUAUUUAUCUCGAUCUUGAUCGUUCUGACAAAAGUUAUGGGA